ACACACACACACACACACACACACACACACACACACACACACACACACACACACACACACACACACACACACACACACACACACACACACACACACAGACAGACAGACAGACAGACAGACAGACAGACAGACAGACAGACAGACAGACAGACAGACAGACAGACAGACAGACAGACAGACAGACAGACAGACAGACAGACAGACAGACAGACAGACAGACAGACAGACAGACAGACAGACAGACAGACAGACAGACAGACAGACAGACAGACAGACAGACAGACAGACAGACAGACUGAGGUACAUACAGAUCGACCGAAGACCGGACAGGCAGACAAUAAGACCAGCAGACGGAGAAAACGGAGAGACAUAUAUGUUUUAAGCUGAGAGCGAGACAGACAGACAGUCAGACAGACACCCGGCUUCUACACGCGGCCACGUGUGUUUUUCUGUUCCAGCGUUACCCGCCAUGAUUUUCCUGGAAUCCCAGUGCUGAGAACGUAUCCCUCCGCCGUCCAUAGACCCCGAACGGCUGCGCCGAAUCACCGCAUACAACUAUUGAUGCGGUCAAUGACGGAUGGACGCCAUCGAAUUGAAAUUACCAAUGGGUAAUAUUGGCCAUGGUUUGAUUUCCUAAUCGGAUUUCCUAUCGGAUUUAGAGUUUUGGCGCGGUUUUGUCUGCGGAGGCAUACAAGUGAGUGGUGUGUGGUAUAAAGUUAAAGGCCCCCACGCGGCCACACCCACUAAGCUACUCGUAGGGAGGGAACGUGUCUUUACUAUCCACACCAUGCCGCAGCACUGGUGAUUUAUUACACGCUUCUACGGAUUCUAAAGGCUUUCUGUGGAUUUUCUUAUCCCCUCUACCGCUGAUACCUCUCUUCUCCGUGGACUGUUAAAGACUCCGGAGACGACAUGUUGCCGAGCUUCGCCCAAUCUCAGGACUGGCUCUACUCAGACCCGCUGCUCUUCGAUGACGAUUUUUGUCAAAGUUUAAUGAAAGACCUCCAGUCGCUGCCCACCCCUCCGCAGUCCCCACCGAACAAGACCGGGGCGGGCGGCUCCUCCAAGCCGCUGUCCAAGGAGGACCAGCUCAGCUACGUGUCGGACAUUCUCCUUGAGGACCAUGACAUGUCGCAGCUCGGAUGGAACUGCGAUUUCUUCGACAGCGACCCAGUGUGCGGAGAGAAGGUCACCGUUCGGCCCGUUCCGGAGGAGGCGGAGGACGGGCUGUGGGGCUGCUUCGGGGGCGACAAGGUUCUGGAGGAGAAGCUGGCGGUGUCGGUGCUGGGGUCGAGUCCCCUGCUCUCGGACAUAGACACAAGCAUUUUUGAGGAGAUAGCUGGCUCCACGCUGGACUGCCAGGCGGUGCUGGGCAGCCAUGCCCCGGGCACUAGACACGACCACAGCGAAUCCACGUCGGACUAUGGUUCCGGCGGCGGAGAGCUCUCCAACUACUCCUCCAGCGAUUCUGAGGAGGAGAUUGACGUGGUCACGGUGGUCAGGUGUCCCUCUGGCUCCACCCCCCUGCCCUCAUUGGCUGAUCUGCGGAAGGAGGAAGAGCAGCGAGCGCGCCAACGGCAGCACCACGACAUCCACCUGCAGCACAACUACGCUGCGCCGCGCCCCGACUCCCCGCCCCCUCCCUCCACCAAGCGGGCGCGAGGAGCAGACUCCUCCUCGCGGUACCACCACCACCACCACCCCUCCUCCCGCUCCUCCUCCUCCUCCUCCUCCUCGCGGAGGCAGCAGGAGCAGCUCCUCCCCCCGGCGGAGACGGAGGACGAGGAGGAGAGGCGAAGGACUCACAACGUGAUGGAGCGCCAGCGCCGCAACGAGCUCAAGAACUGCUUCCUGCGUCUCCGCGACAACGUGCCCGAGCUGUCGCACAACGACAAGGCGUCCAAGGUGGUGAUCCUGAAGAAGGCGCGCGACGGCAUCCGCAGCCUGCAGAGCGAGGCCCAGAGGCUGCAGGGCAGGCGGGACAAGCUGCGGGGCCACCAGGAGAGGCUGAAAGCCCGGCUGGCGCAGCUCCGCAGCUAGGGGCCCGCCAUGGGACGGUCGGCCCACAGAGGAUGAGUAGGAAGACAUUUUAGUGACCGCUUGAAGGGCAGCACAGACUAACUCUAGGCGCACGCACGCACGCAUGCAUCAGGACUCUAUUCAUGCACCCUGCGAUGGAUCCUCCCCCCCCCCCCCCUGGCCCUGACUGGUGUGGGAGGUCAAGGGGGAAGGCCUCACCGGGGGUCAGGAGGGUCUUUGUUGGAGGUGAACGCACAUUUGAUAAAUAUAUAUUUCUCUCUAGCUUGGAUAAGGCACAUGGUGGACAUCCAACUGCUGGUCACUAUAUAUAAUAAAAAUGGUAGCAUAGGAAAAGGUAACUUAAGUGACCACUUUUAAAAGGUUGACUUACGUUAGUUUAAAAGUGACUUUGCCAUUUUAAGCCUCCUAUAGCAGGAGGAAGUUUCUGUGUUUGCUGUGCGUUCACCCCCUACUCUCAGGAGGGCUCUCAGCUGGAAAUGGUUUAACCUUCUAAUACUGUACCAGACCUCAACCCCCUCCCCAGACAGAACCCCUACCGCUCUACUGUGUGUACAGAGUGUCCUUCGCAUGGUUCCUAAGGAACUCUAACAGGACUUUGAAAGGGUGAGGGGACAAAGCAGCCAUCAACCUGAUUCUCAAAUAUAUUUGUCUAUCAAUAUAUGUGUGUGUGGGGGGGGGGGGGAUUUUCGCAUCUUAUAAUCUCUGCUGGCCAACACCCUGGCAUUUUCAAAAAUAACCUGAGUGGAGCUUCCAAUGUCUUGUAAGUGAAACCAUCUGAACAUCUACAUGGUUCAUGGGAUAACCCACAGAAUUCUGGUUAUCUGAUAACUCAGUCGUCUUUGGAGUCUGGAAUACGAUUCUAGUCUAUAAAGUAGAUCAUGGUCACUACUGUAAAAUAAGUAAUUUGAUGCUGUGUUUUACCAGAAACAUUCCCUGAAGGACGCUGAGCUUCUGUGUGUUGAGCUUCUCUCACUCUCAAGCAAUGGUUUCAAGGAGUUUUCAGAGAGUUCUUGAAGCUUAAGUAAAACUUGUUGCCUUAGAGUUUAACUUAUCCCGCAAAGAACGUUUCGUCUCGGCCCAACCGCUGCGUGUAAAUAUGGGAAUCACAAACUUCCUCUCAAUUAGACGUGAAUAAGAAAUUUUCCUGUCAACCAAUACUGUCAAUGUGGUCUGUGUCUAAAUGCGAAUUGUAAAAUUUGCAGUUGUGUGACUAGUUAAAAAUCAUCUUUUUUGUAAUUCCAUCGUUCAUGUGAACGGAAGGCCUGCUAGGAGGAGGAGCUCUGCUGUUUCAAAUGUUAGUUAGGUAUACCUGUUCUGCCUUGAAGUUAACGUGUGACGAAUGGCCGUGUCCAAUAUGUUGUUUUAAAUAUAAAUGUGCUCUUUCAUCAUGCCACUGUCAAGUUAAAACUUCAACUCUCAGAGAAAUAGAUUUUAUUUUUAUAUCAAUUGUUUGCCUUGUUUGCUGCACCUUGAUGAUUUACUGGUUGAAAAAGUGAUCAUACUUUUUUACAACUUGGGUCAGAUAUUGCUUUUUAACUUUUUACGGUGACGCCGGAUUUCAUAUUUACAAUACUGCUUCCAAACUUGCCAAAUAUGAAUUAUUUCUAUGACCAUGGUUACCGUUAAUAGCAUGACAACCUACCUCCACUUCGCCGCUGGGCUUUUGGAAUUACAAUAUUGUUCUUUUUAAUGUUUUUCAAAGCUUGAAAUAUCUGUACAGAUUUCUUAAAUGUAAAUAUUUUGUUAUGUAUCAUAAAUUAUUUUAGUCUUUUUCUUUUAAUUUGGUGAAAACAAGGAGUUGGGUACAUGGACAGCACUUUGUUUUUCGAUAUAUGGUUAUAGAUGAGAUAAUAAACCAAUGGAACUAA